AUAAGGGAUGCAUCUGCUAUACAGCUUUUUAGUCUGAAGCCUUUACGGACAAUAAGAUUUUGGUGGCUUCGAAAUGGAACUGAAAUCGACAUUGAAAGUGAUUAUCGCUUCAGUUUAAUAGAAGGAAGUUUGAUCAUCACUAACCCCAGUGAAAUGAAGGAUUCUGGACAGUAUCAGUGUUUAACCACCAACAUCCUUGGCAGUAUAUUAAGCAGAGAGGCUGUUCUUCAGUUUGCAUAUCUGGGGAAUUUUAGUGGUCGGACAAGAAGUGCUGUCUCUGUACGUGAAGGUCAAGGAGUUGUUCUGAUGUGCUCCCCUCCACUUCAUUCACCAGAGAUCAUCUAUAGCUGGGUAUUUAAUGAAUUCCCAUCUUUUGUGUCAGAAGAUAGCAGACGCUUCAUCUCUCAGGAGACAGGCAAUCUCUACAUCUCCAAGGUUCAAACAUCUGAUGUUGGCAGCUAUAUAUGCCUGGUAAAAAACACAGUGACAAAUGCCAGAGUUCUGAGUCCUCCUACACCUCUGACACUGAGAAAUGAUGGUGUGAUGGGAGAAUAUGAACCUAAAAUUGAAGUCCAUUUUCCUUAUACAGUUACAGCUGCAAGGGGAUCUACUGUUAAGAUGGAGUGUUUUGCACUUGGCAACCCUGUUCCAACAAUCUCUUGGAGGAAAGUUAAUGGUCAUAAUCCAAGUAAAGCCCGCCUGAGAAAAUCCCAAGCUGUGCUUGAAAUACCUAAUGUGCAGCUAGAGGAUGCAGGGAUGUAUGAAUGCAAGGCUGAAAAUUCUCGUGGAAGAAAUGUCUUCAGAGGACAACUGCAAGUGUACACCUAUCCACAUUGGGUGGAGAAACUUAAUGACACUCAAUUAGACAGUGGAGAUCAGCUCCGAUGGGAAUGUAAAGCCACUGGAAAACCAAGGCCCACAUACCGUUGGCUGAAAAACGGAGUUCCUCUCUGGCCACAGAGCAGGAUUGAGACGGUUAAUGGUGUUCUGAUGAUCCACAGUGUAAAUCUCUCAGAUGCUGGAAUGUAUCAGUGCUUAGCAGAAAAUAAGUAUGGUACCAUUUAUGCCAGUGCUGAGCUGAAGAUUUUAGCUUCGGCUCCCAGUUUCCCACUAAAUCAAAUGAGGAAAACAAUAAUUAUUACCAAGGGCCAAGAAAUUGUCAUUGAGUGCAAGCCACAAGCCUCUCCAAAGCCAACAAUCACUUGGAAAAAAGGAGACAAACCAUUAAGGGAGAGUAAGAGGAUAACUAUUCUUCCGCAUGGGAGUCUGCGAAUCCUGAAUGCCUCCAAAUCUGAUGAAGGACGGUACCUAUGCCAAGGUGUAAAUAUAUUUGGCUCUGCAGAAAUAAUUGCAUCAUUAUCUGUUAAAGAACCUACAAGAAUAGAGCUGACUCCCAAGAAGAUAGAGUUAACAGUUGGAGAAAGCAUUGUCCUCAGUUGCAAAGCCAUUCACGACAGCACACUAGAUGUCACUUUCUAUUGGACACUCAAUGGGCAGCCAAUUGACUUUGAAAAAGAAGGUGGACACUUUGAAAGCAUCAAGGCACAAGCAUCCUCUGCAGAUCUGAUGAUCAGGAACAUCCUCUUGAUGCACGCUGGGAGAUACGGCUGCAGGGUUCAGACUGCAGCGGACACCGUGUCGGAUGAGACAGAGCUGCUUGUUAGGGGUCCUCCUGGUCCCCCAGGGGUUGUAAUAGUGGAGGAAAUUACAGACACCACAGCAACACUUUCCUGGAGUCCUGGGGCAGACAAUCACAGCCCUAUCUCCCUCUACAACCUACAAGCACGCAGUCCAUUUUCUCUUGGCUGGCAGACCGUAAAAACAGUUCCAGAUGUGAUAAGCGGUGACAUGGAGUCUGCUAUGGCUGUCGAACUGAAUCCUUGGGUGGAGUAUGAGUUCAGAGUUGUAGCAACGAACAAAAUUGGGACUGGAGACCCAAGUGCACCAUCACGAGUGAUCAGAACCAAUGAAGCAGUUCCAAAGACACCUCCAGCUAAUGUAAGUGGGAGAAGUGGAAGAAGACAUGAAUUGGUAAUAGCAUGGGAGCCAGUGUCAGAAGAGUUUCAGAAUGGAGAGGGGUUUGGCUAUAUUGUAGCCUUCAGACCAAAUGGAACACGUGGCUGGAAGGAAAAAAUGGUGACAUCUUCAGAUGCUUCGAAGUUUAUCUACAGAGAUGAAAGUGUGCCACCCCUGACUCCUUUUGAGGUGAAAGUUGGUGUUUACAACAACAAAGGAGAUGGUCCCUUCAGCCCUAUUGUGGUCAUCUGCUCAGCUGAAGGAGAACCCACUGCUGCUCCCAUCGAUGUCAAAGCUACCAGUUUGUCUGUAUCAGAGAUUCUUGUUGCGUGGAAACAUAAUAAAGAAAGUCUAGGAAGACCAGAGGGAUUUGAGGUUGGUUACUGGAAGGACAUGGAGCAGGAAGAAGCAGCGGAAAAGGUCAAAACAGAGGGAAACGAUUCAUCCAUCCUUCUGACAGGAUUAGAAGGAAAUACAUUAUAUCACCUAACGGUGAGGGCAUACAACGCUGCAGGGUAUGGACCACCUAGCACUGCUGUGCGUGCAGCUACCAAAAAGUCCCCUCCCAGCCAAGCACCAAGCAAUAUUAUGUGGAUACAGGAUGGCUCUCAUGUGUCUCUUGGGUGGGAACCAGUCAGGCCUCUAGCUAAUGAAUCUGAUGUAAUGGGAUAUAAGGUAUUAUUUAGGCAAGAAGGUCAGAGCAACAGUCAAGUUAUAGAAACACAGAAAACAUCUGCAGUCGUACUUCUUCCUGAUGUUGGUGUCUAUAUCAUCGAGGUCUGUGCAGUCAGUGAAGGAGGAGAUGGGACUGCAAGUCCCCAAAUCAGAGUUCCAUCUUUUUCAGGAGGGAAAGUAACAAGUGCUCAAUCCACCUUACAUGUGUUAUCCACUUCUUCAUCCUCUGUAACAUUGCUUUUGGCACUAAUGUUUCCUUCAGCCUCAUGGUGAAGACUGCAGACUUUGUUGUUGUUAUUAUUCAAUUGCUCUAGCUUGAUGACACCAAGAAAUGGAGUUUUAUGUCUGUGGAGAAACUGGAAACCCAAGCUAAUGCUUAAAGACCCGUAGAAAUGCCUGUGGUGCACUUAGAAGAGUGUUGGAGACACGGUCAAUAAUCCAUCAGGUUUUUUUCCCUUAAUUUUUUGUAAAAGUCCUCUGGGAAGGGGACACUUCUUGGCCCCCAAAUAUGCAGAUUGUAUGUAAUAAACUUUUGUAAUCAAACAUAAUUUCUGUCAAAUGUACUUUACUUUUUUAAUAUGUUUGAUUUUUGGUGACCUCGGUCAUGUAUCAUUAGGUGUUUAAGCAGUGGUGUCUAGUAUCGUACAUCUGUUUAGUUUGGGAAAAAGAUCCUUUUUUAAAUAGAGGAAAAUGGUUGAUACAGCUUUGUUGAAUACUUUUCUUACAUUCCCUAUGGCUGGCUGUUCCAACUAACAACAGAGGAAAAUACAGUUUAGAAACACAGCCCACACAAAAGUACUGAGAAUUUGUUCUGAAAAUGUAUGAAGAUGUAUUUAAUUAGCAAAAAGAAUGGUAAAUACAAUACUAGACAGAACAUUCAGAAAGUGGCAAAAUGCAGCAGAGUAGAAGCCAUUUAUUUGAUUGCAAGCUAAACAGAAAAUAUUUAAACACAAACUUGAAACAACUUUUGUUGUCAUCAGAUACAACAUAAUUUAAUGUCAAAUGAAUCAAAUAUUUAUUUUCAAUAGCAAAUAAAAAUAAAUUCCUAAUGCAUAUCACAAUAAAAACUCCACUGGGUAUUUAAACACAAUACAUUAGGCUGCUAAGUGCACAAAUAAAGUAAUGCAAGGAGAUUAACUUACUUUUUCCAACCACUUCUCCGUUGUAAUUUUUUUCCCUCUGGGUUUAUUUUUAAUAAUAUUCUGUACUUUUUGUAUUUGGUAAUAAAUUUAAAGUAUAUAUGAAAGCAUAUUAUGGAGACAAUAUGAACAGUUUUUGGAAUGUAAUCAUUUGUGUAUAAACAGGCUCCAGGAGGAUGUAUCUUGGAGAAUGCUGUGUUGGAAGAAAAAGUACUUGGAUAAGUGCUACUAAGUGUCAUUCCAGUUAUUUAGCUAAUUGGCUCUAUUUCUAUACCUCACUAGAGAGUACUUUUGUAGAGACUGUGUGCUAUCAGUUUUAAUCCACAUUUUUUGCUGUACCAAACAAUUUUUCACUCAAUAGACAAUCUGAACAAAUUUUCUACACUGGAAGGCCUUCCUGCAUAUUGGCACCUGAAUAAAAAUUAUCCCCAGUGUAUAUGAUAUACAUCUUCAUACAAUUAGCGUGUAUGUAGUUACGAAGGGAGAUGUUUAACUACCAAGUGUCUAGGAAUUACAGCUAGGAUGAGCACUCCUUUGUCUAGGAAAAAUCAAGUCAAAGGAUUUAACAGGCAGCUCCUAAUAGCAUACUUCUUCUAGGUGUCUAUCCCUCUGAAAGUUUUGAUACAAAUCUAUUUUGGUUGAUGGAUUCUGGGUCUAAAAUGCUAUUGUUUUUCCAGCUAACUAGAAAAACAAUACUUGACAUUUAGCUAGUACACUCUUAACUGUGCCAUUUCUUAGCAGCUUUAAAUUAGUAGGCAAGAAGGUACAAUGCAGUUUAAGUGCUCAAUAUGUAAAGAGCUGAGUGAUGACUAAUUUUUUUCUUUUAUAUAUUUUAUUAGUAAAAUUUUUAGAGGUGGUUCAGCUCAAAUCUUUAAUACCCACCAAUAUUUGAAAUAAUUUUCUAAAAAAACCACUUUUAAAUUUACUUAGUCACCAUGCUGCUAGGAAAACAAAGGCAAGACAACUACCCAAACGUAGACUGUUGAGUAGAUGCAGACAGAAGGUGGCCUUCUAUAUCUCUGCUUCUGGGAAAGUCUUUGAGAUGAAUGAAAGGAAGGCAGAGUUUACCUUGCUAAUGGAGCAAAUUCAUAGAAAAUAACAACCUGCUGAAGUCUGUAAAAACAGCAGCAUUUCUACUGUGCAGAGAACUUGCAUUAGUAAACCAUCAUUUUUCUAAAGGUUAAAGUAAACCAAUAUAAAGUAUAAACCAAAAAGCAAAAUGGCUAUUUUAUAAAUUCUUUAAGCAUAAUUUCCUCUAUUUUUUUGUACAGUUCCUUGCCAAUGCAGUUUAUUUCAGAGUAUUUGAAAAGGUUACAGUCACUGCUGGUGGCAUUUUGGUCAAAAAACUUUCCAAAUACAAUAAAUGGCUAUGCUUUAUAAGAAGAAUGAAAGUCUGGUGAAAAGGUAGAGCUACAUCUAGUUAUAUCUCAAUGUCUAUUGUCAAGAUACAGAUAGAAAUACCGAACAUACCAUCAGGUAAUGUAGUCGUAUUGCAGGGACAAAAAGGGGAAUGUUUUAUAUUCAACAUGAACAGAAUAUGUAUUUUGCAUCUUAAAUAUAUUAAUAAACAUGGUUUAAAUGUUUAAGUACCAAUGUAUUACCUAUUCGUUACUUUGUAGAAAAAGAUGUUUCCUUAUCAUGACAUACUAUUUUUCAGCUGCAGUGGAGAGCCCUUUUCUUUUUCAUGUCAAAGAUUGUAACAGUGCAGUCUAGCAUCCCUGAGGAGACUGUAUUUAUAUAAUGUCACAAGAACUAUUUGGAAAAAAAGAAUUAUGAAGAAACUUUGUUUUGCAGAUCAAAAUAAAGAUAUUGUCAUGGCCCGUAUCAAAAUGUUAGAUAUAUUGUAUACAAUCUGUAUAUAUGCUAUAUAUAAUGGUAUAUACAAUGUGGAAGACACAGUAAUAUAAUAGUUCCUGUGUACUGUUCUUGUAACAUUAGAUCUUUUUAAUAAAUAAUUCUCUUUUUAUUGACUUUUAUCUUAUGUCCUGUCAGCUGCUGAAUUGU